UGUUUGAGUGAAUAGUACGUCAUUUGGGACACAGCUCAAGUCUGUCCCAAAAGUGCGCUCCCGUGCACCCUUGCCUUGUCUCCAAGUGUGCACUCAGAGGAGGCCCACACGACCGUAGUGUGCCAAUUGGGACAGGGUCUCAAGCAGCAGCUCCGGCGCGUUGUGGUGACGUAAGCGCGCAAUCACGUUCACGCUUCUGGCGGGAAUCUAGUGAAACGCGCAGUGUCAACAACUCAGAAUUUAGUUCUACUUUAUUUCUUUUCAUAGAGACUUUUUGAUUUAAGUCCGGACAGCUUUAGGAGAUAUGCAGGCGUUUCUGAAAGGAUCAUCAUCACAGAGUGUUAAAGCUCAAAAACCUUCAUCAUCAUCAUCAGGUGGAGAGAAGAAGCAGAGAGCAGUUCCCUGGGUGGAGAAAUAUAGACCAAAGUGUGUGGAUGAAGUAGCUUUUCAAGAAGAGGUGGUGGCAGUACUGAAGAAAUCUCUGGAGGGUGCUGAUCUCCCUAACCUGCUGUUUUAUGGACCUCCUGGAACAGGAAAGACCUCCACCAUCCUCGCCGCUGCGAGAGAACUCUUUGGACCUGUGCUGUAUCGUCAGAGAGUUCUGGAGCUAAAUGCUUCUGAUGAACGAGGCAUUCAGGUGAUCCGUGAGAAGGUGAAGAACUUUGCCCAGUUGACGGUGGCGGGUUCGAGGACAGACGGAAAGCCGUGUCCUCCGUUUAAAAUAAUCAUCCUGGAUGAGGCAGAUUCUAUGACCAACCCCGCUCAGGCAGCUCUCAGACGCACCAUGGAGAAAGAGUCUCGGACCACACGCUUCUGUCUCAUCUGUAACUACAUCAGCAGAAUCAUUGAGCCGUUGACUUCAAGAUGUUCCAAGUUCCGCUUUAAACCUCUGGCCAAUGACAUUCAACAGGAACGUCUGCUACAAAUCUGUGAGAAAGAAAAUCUGCAGUACAGUAAAGAGGGCAUUGAUGCUCUGGUCCGGGUGUCAGAGGGCGAUCUCAGGAAAGCCAUCACAUAUCUCCAGAGUGCCGCGAGACUCAACACUGAGCGGGAAAUUACCGAACAAAUCAUCAUCGAGAUCGCUGGGGUGGUUCCAGAUAAAGUGAUUGAAGACGUGCUGCAGAUCUGCUACAGGGGUCAUUUUGAAAAGCUGGAGAUCGCUGUGAAGGAUCUGAUUGAUCAGGGAUAUGCUGGAACAAAUAUUCUCUACCAGUUACAUGACGUCAUCAUUGACGAGAAGCUGAACGAUAAGCAGAAAUCUGUCAUCACAGAGAAAAUGGCUGAGGUGGAUAAGUGUUUGAGUGAUGGGGCAGAUGAAUAUCUACAGUUAUUGAGUCUCUGCUCUGUUGUUAUGCAGCAGGCCAUACAGAACACCUGAGCCAACCAAUCAGCAUCUCUGUUACAAAACCUGAGCCGACCAAUCAGCAUCUCUGCCUUAUGUGAUGGAACCUUGUUGUUGCUUUAUCACAUUUUUGUACAUCUAGUUUGUAAUUAAAACGAUCUUCUUAGAA